AUGAACAAGUCAGAGAAGGGAUUUUCUUUAAAGUUAUUUAAAAUAAAAAAUGGGAACAUCAACUUAGUAAAAAAUCGAAUAACUCAUAUAAGUAUAAAUAAUAAAUGUAUUCAUUUGGUGUUGUGUAAUAAUACAUUGAUAAAAUAUAAUGUGGAAGAAAAUGAGUUAAGUUAUAUAGAUUUUUAUAACAAGAAAACAAUAAAUAAUAAAGGAGAAAUACGAUCAAUAUAUUUUGAUAAAAAUUGUUAUCAUGGAUUUAUAUGUUUAGCAAAUAAAGAAUAUAUAUAUAUACAUUUUGAAAACAAUAUUAUAAAGAAUAUAAUACAAUUAAAAAAAUAUAAUAUUACAAGUGUUAUAUUUAAUGAUUAUACAGAAAUAAAAAAUACAUUUCCUUUUCUUAUCUCCACAACACAAGGAGAAAUAAUUGAAAUUAAUAUUAAUAAUAAAUCUUCGAAAAAUAUUGAUUAUGAUGUAAUAUUUUCAGAUGAAAAGUUAUCAAUCCUUGACAUUAAUAUGAUAAAUAUAAUAAAAUGUAAGACAUCACGAAAUAGUCAUACACAAAAUGUUCAUGGGUAUCAUAAUAAUGAUGAAAAUAAUCAUGAUGAAAAUAAUAAUGAUGAAAAUAAUGAUGAUGAAAAUAAUGAUGAUGAAAAUAAUAAUAAACAUGUGAAGACUUACCAAGAAAUUAUAAAAAUUAUUUAUUUUACAACAAGCAAUAGCCUACAUGAAAUUAGUUAUACUUUUAAGAAUUAUAAAAAGAACACCCAAGAUAAAAAUGAUAAUACCUUCAAUUAUGUGAAAUUAAAAAGCACCUCCCUUCCAUAUAAUAUGAAGAAACAAACCAAAGUUUAUGAAACACCUCUGGAUUCUUUAUGUUCAAUUAUUAAAAUCGAAAAUGUUAGAAACACAAAUUAUCUUUUCUGGUUAAAUGGAUGUUCUAUAUUUAUUAGUAAAAUUAAUAAUUUCAAAUCACCCAAAUAUUAUACACAUGAUAAUAAAAAAAAAAAAAAAAAAAAUAAUAAUAAUAAUAAUAAUAAUAAUAAUAAUAAUAAUAUUAAUAAUUUCUUUUUUCAUAAUAAUAUUAAUCAACAUGAAAAUGUCUUCUCGUCAUCAUCAAAUUCUUUUAGUGAUUCUGAUCAAGAUGUAGAACAUAUCUUUUCAUCAAGUGAUGAUGAUUAUUUAUAUGAAAUGAAUAAUUCAAAUAUAUUAAAUAAUACACAUAAUAAUGAUCAUACUAUAAAUAUUAUUAAUAAUAAUAAUAAUAAUAAUCCUAUAGACAACACUCAUUUUAAAAAACAAAAAUUACCAAGAAAUAAACUAUAUACUAAUAAUAAUUGCUUACAAAAAAAUAAAGAUAAUGUAAGUAACACGACAUCUAUUCAAUCCAGAAAUAAAUAUAAUGAACUAAAUUCUGAAUUUUAUCUAGACAACAAUUAUAUUAUUAUUAAUUUUUUAGAUUUACACAUUUUUACAACGGAUAAUAUUACUGCUUUCUCAUUUACAAAAUCAUUCUACGAUUCGGUUUAUUCAAAAAAUAGCAACUUAACAUAUAAUUUUAAAGAUCAAGAAAAUGAACAUAAUCAACCAAAUGUAAACAUAAAUAGUAAAAAUGUUAAAAAUAUUACAAAUAUUACAAAUAAUAAUAGUAAUAAUAAUAUAUCUACCAUUGUAGAUAUGUGCAUUAAUCAAUCAUAUAUUUUCCUUUUAUUAGAAGAAAAAUUAAUCAUCAUAAGCAAUGUAAAAUUUAAAAAAGUCUAUGAACAAAAACUCGAUACAGAAACUUACGGUCAAGCACUAAGAAUUAUCAAAGAUCAUUCAGAUAAUCAAGUUUGGUUAUGUACAUCAAAAUAUAUUUUUAAAAUUAUACAAAAUAAAAAAAAUAAUCAUAUCAUGUAUUUUAAUUUAAAAAAAAAAAUUAAUUCUAAACAAAUUGCGCAAUCAAACUCUUAUACGCAAAAAAUUAAAAUGACAAAUUUUAUUUUAAAAAAUAAUAAAUAUGAUAUACAUCAAUAUAAAUAUACAAAUAUACGUAUUGACGAAAAAUUAAUAUCCUUCUUACAUAAACAACAAUAUUUUAAUAUAUCCUCAUUUCUCUAUAAUAAUAUACAUUGUUAUAAUAAUGUAAUCAGAAUAGCUCUUUAUAUUUGGCUCAUUCAAAUUUAUAUUUAUUCAAUUGAUUUAUACGCUUAUUUGUAUAAAUGUACUUCAUAUUAUUUUCCUACUAAAGGAAAAAAUAAUAUUUUUAAGAAAAAUCAUAUCCUACAAGGCACACAUAUAAAGCAAAAACGCAGUGAUCUCUCUUGCGUCACAUCAACGGGAACGUAUGUAAAUCGUGAUUUUUUAAAGAAACAUAAUGAACAUAAGGGGAGAAGACAAAAUUAUUCCCGUUCAGGUGAUUGUGUUUUAGGGUCAGGUGAUUGUGUUUCAGGGUCAGGUGGUUGUGUUUCAGGGUCAGGUGGUUGUGUUUCAGGGUCAGGUGGUUGUGUUUCAGGGUCAGAUGAUUGUGUUUCAGGGUCAGGUGGUUGUGUUUCCGGAUCAGGUGAUUGUGUUUCCGGGUCAGGUAAUUCCUAUUCCAAAUCAUGCGAUAACUACUCAUGGUCAGGUGAUUUCCAUUAUGAGUCAGGUAAUUUUCACUCCGAGUCACAUACUUCAAAUUGUGAAUCAUUUGAUAAAGAUAAGGUCACUAUAUCAGAAAUAAGGGGAGGUGAAUAUAUGACAAAUAAUGGUAACAGAAAUACAAAUAAUAUGGACGAAAUAAAAAAAAAGUUGGAUGUUACAAAAGAUGAUGACGAAAUUCAUAAAAUAUCUAGCGUUUUAUUUACGAAUAUACGUGGUGAUGAUAAAAAGGAAGAAGGAGAAAUAUUAGGCCCUCACAAGGACAAAAUAUGGAAUGAUAAUAAAGGAGGCAAUAUAACAACAGCAGGAGAUAAUUUAAUGAACAAGAAAAAAAAUAAGUCUUAUUUUAAAAAUAAAAAUGAUAAUUUGUUAAAAAAGAAUAAGACGUUGUUCUUGCGCUUUUUUGAUCAAAUUAUAAAUAGAGAAGAAAGGAAAGAGGCUAAAUAUCAUUUCGAUUUUGGUAAGGGGAAAAAAAUAAAUCUUAAAGCGUUAAGUGAUUGUGAUGAUUUUUAUAUAUUAUUAAAAAUAUAUAGAAUGAAAAAUACUGAGAUAUAUAAUUUUUUAAAAAGUCAAAAGAAUUUAAUAAUGAAUGAUAUAGAAACAUAUAAAGAAAUAUAUAUAAAUAAUGAUGUAGAUAUAAAUAAUUAUGGAAAUCAUAAAACGAUGAAUAAUAAUAUUUAUAUAAAGAUGAAAAAGAAAAUAUAUAAAGAUAUAUAUUCAUAUAAAUGUCUAGAAGUAUGUAUAUAUAUAAUCAUAUUAUUAAAACAUUUUAAAAACUUUUUUCAAUUAAAUGAUAUAAUAAUUGAAAUUUUUUAUAAUUUUAAUAAAAUGAAUUUUUUAUUAUUUUAUAAAUUUUUAUGUAAUGAUUAUAAUUAUAUAAUAAAUUAUUAUAUGAAUAAUAAUAAAUAUAAUUUACUCUUUAAUAUAAUCGUUUUAUUACCUCAAAAUAUAUUAUUGGACGUUUUAAUAGAACAUGCUUUUGCUUUAUUUUUACAUAAACCACACAAAUAUGUAGAUAUCUUAAUAUAUUAUGACAACAUAAUUGAAGAUUAUACACAUAUAGUUAUGUGUAUGUUUAUGGUCAUCUACUUUUUUAAAAAUAAAAAUGAUCAUAAAAAUAUUGGGACCGCAAAAAAUAUCUUUAAACGAAAUGGAAAUAUGCAAUAUGAUAUAAACGAACAAGAUAAUACAAAUGAACAAGAUAAUACAAAUGAACAAGAUAAUACAAAUGAACAAGAUAAUAUGAAUGCACAUGAUAAUACAAAUGAACAAGAUAAUAUGAAUGAACAAGAUAAUAUAAAUAAACAAGAUAAUAUGAAUACACAUGAUAAUACAAAUGAACAAGAUAAUACAAAUGAACAAGAUAAUACAAAUGAACAAGAUAAUACAAAUGAACAAGAUAAUACAAAUGAACAAGAUAAUACAAAUGAACAAAAUAUUAUAAAUGAAAAAGACAUUAUAAAUUCACAGGAUAAUUUAACUUCACGAGAAAAUAUAUAUCUAUAUAACAAACCAAUAAAUUUCAAAUACCAAAAUAAACAUACAGAAGAAUGCAUAAGGUUUCUAGAAUAUUUGAACAACAAACUAAUAGAAGAAAAUCUCCUAGAGAAAAAAGAAAAUAAGGAAAACGAGAAUUAUAUCUAUACGUUUCAAUGUACAUGGGAAAAACAUUAUAUAAUAAAUUGCUUACUAAUAUUAUAUAUUGAAGAAGGAAACAACGAGAAAAUUAAAAAUUCUUUAAAGAAAUUAAAAAGCGCUAAUAUACAUUUUGAUUACUUAUUUAUUAUAAGAUUUUUAAAAGAAAAAAGGAAAGAAAUGUUUAUACCUCAUAUUUAUAUUCUAAUGAAAUAUUUUGAAGAAGCUGUUGAUAAAUCACUUGAAUUAAAUGAUUACAAAACAGCGAAAAAAGCUGUGAUUUUAUGUGAUGAUGAAGAAGAAAAAAAAAAAUUAUUUAUUAAAAUAAUCAAACAUAUAUCCAAAAAUAUAAAUGAUAAUAAUUUAAAAGAAAUUAUUAAUUUAGUUAGAGAUUCAAAUUCAAUUCUAAAUCUACAUGAUAUCUUACCUUAUAUUAAUGAAACCAUUAUUAUAGAAUAUUUAAAAAAAGAUAUCUGUAAUUUGUUAGAAAUAUAUAAUUUAAAAAUUAAGGCCAAAAAAGAAGAAAUUAAAGAAAAUCUACAUACUAUAGAUUUAUUAAAUAAAGAUAUAAAAAAUAUUCAAAAAAAAUAUGUUAUAUUAAAUAAAAAUGAUAUAUGCUAUAUAUGUAGAAAAACAAUUUUUUAUAAAAAAUGUUAUGUCUUUUCUUGUAAUCAUUAUUUUCAUAGUGAAUGUGCUCUUAAUAUAUAUAUAAAUAAUAAAUCAAAGGAGGAACUUUUCGACUUUUACACAAUACUUCAACAAUAUAAAAACUCAAUAAUUACCAAAAAUGAUAAAGAAAUAAUGAUUUGUGAAAAUAAAAUUGAUGAUAUAUUAACAGAGGAAUGUUAUAUAUGUGGUUCCUUUUCUCUUGCAUCAAUAUCUCAGCCUUUUAUAUCGCCCAACGAGUAUGAACUCCGAGAUACAUGGAAUAUUUCAAAUGACUGA